AUGAACUUUCCGACAACUCACUUGCCGGAAUUCAUCAGAAUUCCGACGAACCAACGAAGGCAAUUCACUAUUCUCGUAUCCUUUCUCCUCAUAUUUCCAUACUCAACACUUUCACAAUCAUCGUACACCUCUGCACACGAGGGAAACGAUUCCAACUCGUCGGAUUCCGCCACUAAAUUCGAGCCAAGUUUAGCUCUGGUCAUCGGAAUUCUCUCAAUCGUCUUUUCAUUAACAUCUUUAACCUUAAUUUAUGCAAAAUGCUGCCACGUAUCAUCUUCUAUCCAGCAUGAAAAUUUCGGUAAUUUUCCUCAAACAAGAUCAAGGUUCUCUGGAAUCGAUAAAAAUGUUAUCGAAUCACUUCCGUUCUUCAAGUUUUCAACAUUAAAAGGAUCAAAAAACGGGUUGGAAUGCUCAGUUUGCUUAUCCGCUUUUGAAGACAUAGAAAUUCUUCGGCUUUUGCCCAAAUGCAAACAUGCAUUUCAUAUUGAUUGUAUUGAUCAAUGGCUCGGAAAACACUCCAGUUGUCCGCUUUGUAGGAUCAAAGUUAUCGUGGACGAUAUUACCCUUUUCACGUACUCGAAUUCUUUGAGGUUUAACGAACCCGAACCUUCAAGUCUCGGUCUUUUCAUAGAACGCGAAGGGUCUUCAAGAUUCGGAACAAAUAUCGAAAAUGAUGAAGAAAUCCUGCACAAGUUUAAUCAUCGAAUCAUGAUAUGUGAUGACCAUGAUCCGAUGAUAAUCAAGAACAGAUGGAGCAAUGUCAGCUCAUCUGAUCUUCUGUUUUUGAAAUCGGAGAUGAUUACUUGCAUGUCAAGUAAUCGAUUUAAUAGUCACCUGAUCAGUUUGGAAAUCGAUGGAAACUCCGGUGGUGACCGGGAAACUGAAGUGGAAGCCAUGGAAUCCGGCGGGAGAAGGUCGGUGUCGGAGAUUACUGCUCGUCCGAGGUUUCUUGAAGGUGAAGUUAGGGUUGAAGAAGAAAGAUUAAGAAGAUUAUGGCUGCCGAUUGCUCGAAGAACAGUAGAACAGUUUGCUAACAAAGAAAAAAGAUCUGGGGGUGAUGAUCAACAGCUAGAUAUUAACAUGAAGUCAAAGGAAUUAUUAGAGGUAUAG